AUGAAUAAUAGCAGAAGAUUCAGUUCGUUUGCGAGUGAAGAAUUAAAAGGCAUCAUUAAGCUAAAGCGUAAAAGAAGAUGGGUAAAACGCUAUGUGGUUUUAGCUGGUGGCAAGCUAUGCUACUUUAAAAACCAAAGCGCAAUACAGCCUCGAGCUACAAUAGACUUAACUGGUGUAAAGGUAAAUAACAUUGGGCAAGUUAAAGGGGAAAACAUAUUUGAAUUAGUCAAGCCAAACUUUUUUUCUAUUAAAUUCGCUUUCAACGAAGCUGAAGAAUACAAGCAGUGGCUGCAUCAUAUAACUAAAUACUCUGAAGAGUUCAAAAAUAACGAAGAAAUCACUAGCGACUGCAGAUAUGAAGAAGAUGAAAAGAAAAAAGAAACCAUUUCAACAAAUUUAUUAGAAAAACUAAAUGUGACUGAGAUAUCUGGAUUGCUGCAACAAAGAAUCAAAGAAAUAAUUGAUAAAGAAUAUAUAAUUGUAGGGAAUAAAGGUGGUGCAAUAUAUGCAGAGAAUAAGCCAUUUAUGAAAACUAGCAAGGAGAGCGAGAAAAACGAAAAAAGCAGCAUUUUUAUUGGAAUUCUUGUGUGGACUAUUUUAAGCUGUAUGGGGUUUCAGGUCCUGUCAGUUUUGUUUUUAAUUGCAUUGCUAUCUUGGACUCAUUUGAUGAAGGAAAAUAAGCUGAAAGGCAGUAAAAGGGUUUUUGGGUUUAAAACUACAAUUUUGAUUGAAGGUAGCAUUGGCGAAAUUUUAACCACUUUAAACAACUCGUCAAGCAGAAUCUUAUGUGAGCCUUAUUCAAUUGAUAUUACAGAAGGUUCAAAUAUUGCAAUAUCCUACAGUUUUGAUAAAAAUAUAAUAGUCCAGGAUAUCACUCGUCAUUUCUUAAAGUAUAAUGGAUCAUAUUUAUUAGUGGAAAAUGUUGGCCCGGAUAUAAAAAGCAUUUUCAAGUUGGAAAGUAAAACAAAAAAUGGAGUUAUAUGCUCAUCAGUUACUCAUUAUGGAAAAGAAUGCAUAUCAAAAGAUCCUUUAAUAGGAAAUUCUGAUAUAAUAAUUGCUCUAAAACAGUUAGUUGAUAUGACGAGCCACUAUUCGAGGGACCCUGCCGCUUUUUCGACUGACAACUUUGAAUCAGACACUGAUGACGAAGAAGAAUCAAAGAUGUAUCACUCUUUAACGGUUCCUUUAAGCAGAUAA